UUGCCAUUCACCACGAAACGCCUGCGUAUCAGCCGCUUUGUGGACACAUACACGUCAACUUGGAAACAAAUAAAUAAUCCAAAAUAAAAAGUCAGAGAAUCAACAUUCCACGAAAUGAGCGACAAAAUCGAGGACACGCUGCAGAAGCUACUGGCGGACCCGGCACCAGGCCAGGAACUGUCAACCAAGGAGGCCUAUUUCGCUAGCCUGGCGGAAUGGGCGAAACAGGCAUCGAUUGCCCAGAACGCCAUGACCAUGUUCCCAUACUACCUGAUGGCCAACUACCCGCAGCUGUUCCCGGGUCAGCCAUCUGCUAGUCAACCAGCCAGCUUGGGACAGCUGCCAGCAGCAAGCCCAGGGGCAUCCGCCCCGGGUGCUCAUCAGACAGCCGCCGCUUCCCCAGCCGGACCUCCACAUCCUCCUCCAGUUUUCAACCGAUUCCGUGUACUCGACGAGGCACAACAAUUUGAUAUAAUCCAGCGCAUCGGCGGCUAUGAAUACGUUGUGGCACCAUUCUGGAAACGUGCCGUGGCGGAGGCAAUCGACGUUUUUAUUCUUUUCAUAUUAAAGAUUAUCCUUACAUUCGGAAUUGUGAACCUUUUCGACCUGGAGUUCGACAAGGAGGUGAUGCGACGCACCUUGGAAGAGGACGAUUUGUUUGUUAACUUCUUCGAUAUCUCGCUGGACUUCAUAUCCAUGUCAUCCGACCUGUUGUUAAUCGAACUCCUCACCAAAUUAACAGUCUGCUGCUACGAGGCACUCUGGACGGUCUUCUACAACGGAGCCACGCCCGGAAAGUCAUUGAUGAAAAUUCGUAUACAUCAUGUGGAGGCGGUGAUGCCGCUACAGCCACAAGCUCUGCCCCAGUUCGUGCUCCAGCCACAGCGCGAGCCGUUGCGAGCUCUCAUCUUUCCGGCCGAGACACCCACAUUGUGGCGUGCCUUUGCUCGGGCCCUGGCCAAAAAUCUGGUCAUGACGCUGCUGUUCCCCAUAUGCGUCGUUAUGAUCUUCUUUAAGAAUAAUCGUACCGCAUACGAUAUUUUAACCAAGACUAUAGUAGUCGAAACCAAUUCCAAUGCCAUGUUCCGCACCCAAGUAGCACCGCAACGUCAACGCUAAAGCGCAAUGUUAUAAAUCGGCUCGAUUGCAGCCAAGUAUACAUGUAAAAUGUGGAAAAUAUUUAUACGUUUAUACUCUUUCCUAUGCACAUAAGAUAGACGUUCUUGUUAAAAUAAAUUUGAUGUUAUAUACUGCUGUCUUGUGCAAUAAAACUGUCGAAUAACAAUCAUUA